AUGUCUGCGGUUUCUGGCAACACGGGCUGGGCCCAGCUGCGGCAACAAGCGCGGAGUCUGGAGACACAGACAGAGACGCUGUUCCACUCGUACUCUCAGUUCUCGACAGUAUCAGAUAUUCCGGCAAAGCCGACAGAAGAGGAAAGGACAACAGAAGCGAAACUUCAAGAUCUUCUCGAUAAACAGCGCGAGAAUGUCAUCUCCCAACUAUCCCGCCUUCUCGACUCGGAAGCAACCCUCACAUCCUCCGCCCUGAAGCAGAACAAUCUUGCUCUCCUCCGCGAGAAGCUUGCCGAACACAAGCGCGAUCUCGUGCGCCUACGCAAUACCAUCGCCCAGGCCCGUGACCGCGCCCAUCUGCUGUCUAAUGUCCGCUCCGACAUUGACGAAUACCGUGCCAACAACCCUGAGGCUGCCGAAGCCGAGUACAUGCUUGCCGAGCGUAACCGCAUCGACAACAGCCACAACAUGACAGAUAGCGUCCUCUCCCAGGCCUACGCCGUCCAGGAUAGCUUCAAUAUCCAGCGCGAAACCCUCGCCAGCAUUAAUCGUCGCAUCACCAUGGCCGCCAGCCAAGUUCCGGGCCUCAACAGUCUAAUUGGCCGCAUCUCAGCCAAGAAGCGCCGUGACGGUAUAAUCAUGGGCGUCUUCAUCGCCUUUUGUUUCCUCACCUUCUGGUGGUUCUUGUGA